AUGAGAUCCCAGCCGUUGAACAGCAACGCAUCUCCCCCGUCCGUUGAGCAAAAGAGAUCUCGCCCGUCCGUUUGCCAAGAAGAAACCCUAGGUGGAGAUCCCAAACGGCAAUGGAAGAACCCUAAAGAGAUGGGGAAUCCACCCAAGAAGGACAUCGCCAAGCAGCAAAAUCAAUCGCCGGAGAAGCCGCUGCCCAAGGAGCUGUCCCUGGAUCGCAAAUGCGAGGCUUGCUGCGAGAUCACGCUCAAGCGCAUUGUCUACUCAGGCUUCGGCGGCCUCCUCGCGUCGCUCGUCUUGUUCAGAUCUCCCAGCUCCAGAUGGUCGGCCAUGGCUUUCUCGCUGGGAUUGGGCGCCGGAUCCGCCUACACGGAUUGUUCUUACAUGAUGAACGGGAUUCCAAAGUCAUCCCAGGCAUUCCACCAGCAGCUGCUCGAGAGCGAUCGCUGGCGCCGCGAUCGCUACCUCGCCAAUCUCCUGUUGACAAGGGCGAUCUUUGCGCUCUUCCCUGCGCACGAUGUGGUGUCCUGGAACACGCUGCUGGAGGUUCUUCCGUGCGAUAGCGCAAGGGAUUUCUUCUUGGCGAUGCCCCAGAGGGACGAGAUCUCCUGGAACACAAUGUGCUCUUCGCUUGGAGAUUUGGGCAUCUCUUUGGUCUUCUUCCAGCUCGCGCCUUGGCACAGCGCCCGGGCAGCCACCGCCUUGAUCACGCUCCUCGCUGAGAGCGGUCAGUUCGAUCGAGCGAAAUGCUGCUUCGAUUCUAUGCCGCAGCGCGACGAGAUCGCCUGGGCGAGCAUGAUCCACGCGCUAUCUCUCGCUGGAGAUCUGGAUCUUGUGACCCUGAUGUUCGCUAGAGUUCCUCAAAGAAGCUCUUUUUCUUGGAACACGAUGAUUAAAAUCCACGGCCAAUGCGGCCGGCUGGAGGACGCAGUCACGCUUUUCGAUCAAAUGCCCGAGCCAACAGCGGCCUCCUGGACGAUCUUGAUCGCGGCCCACGCGCAGCGCAAGCAGCUGGAUCGAUCCAGGUCGCUCUUCGACGGUAUGCCUUCCAAAAACAUCGCGGCGUGGACGGCUCUACUCGACGGCUGCUCGAUCGCCGGGCUUCUCGAUCAUGCGGCGGCUGUCUACGCGAAGAUGCCGCAACAUGACCAGAUUUCAAUGAGCGCGCACCUCACGGCACACGCUAGGUCGGGAUGUCUAGAUCGAGCGCGAGAAAUCCACGAAUCCAUACCCGAGCCCUGCAUUUCCGCGAUGAAUGCUCUCAUCCAGGCGCACGCCCAAGCCGGUCGGCUCCAGUGCGCGCUCUCGCUGCUCCAAUCGCUGAUCCUGGAGGGAUCCAUGCCCAACGAGCGGACCUACAUUGGAAUCCUUGCGGGCUACUGCUACUCCGGGAAGAUUGACACUGGCCGCGACUGCUUCAUCUCAAUGAUAUCGGAUCACGGGAUCUCACCCUGCGAAGAUCACUACGCGUGUAUGAUCCAUCUCAUGGGUCGCGCCAAUCGGCAGGGAGACGCCCAGGAACUGAUCGAGAAAAUGCCCUUUCGCGCGAGCGAGAUCGAAUGGACAUCGCUUCUGGAUUGGUCGCAUAUCCAUUCUUCGCUGGGUAUAUUUAAAUUUGAAUUUUCGCGCUAUUCUCUACUGAGUUGA